GUCGCACGAUGAAGCGCUUGCUCGACCCAAUCGCGCGCGUGCACUUGCGCGCGACGACGAGACAGCUCUCGUCGCGCGCGCUGGAAGCCCAGUGCCUCUGUGGCUCCGUGCAGCUGCGGCUCGACGCGGACGCCGAGCCAUCGCACGCCGCCGCCUUCUGCCACUGCACGAUCUGCCGCGCCUUCCACGGCGCGCCGUUCGCCAUGGAGGCCGGCUUCCCCGUCGACGCGUGCGAGACCUCGGGCGCGACGGCGAGCUACCGCUCGUCGAGGCACUUCGAGCGGCGGCGCUGCGCCGCGUGCGGCACGCCCUGCGGCGCCGUGCACCACAAGCUCGGCGCGAUCUUCUUGCCGACUGCGCUCUUCGCAAAACCGGGCGCGCCGUCGCCGCCGCCGGGCUUCGAGCCGACGAUGCACAUCUUCUACGAGCGGCGCGUCGUCGGCGACGCGUUCGAGCAGGACGGCCUCCCGAAAUACCAUCGCAUGCCGCCGUAAGACUCUUAUUGCG